AAAGAGCUACUGCAUAUUUGACAGUUGUAAGGUGUACUUAUUUGUGAUAGGUGCAAAUGGAUACCCUACUUGUGAUAGUGAUUUGUACUUGUGGUCUGCAGUCUGUCUUUCGAGCGGCUACAUCAAGAUACUAGCAGAAAACCAAAGUACACAACCACAAGUGCAAACAAUAAAUCACAAUAAAAAUGGCCCGUUCGCCGGUCCGUACUACUCCUGAAGCCUUGCAAUUUGGCCUGGAUUUACUGCGUGACUUCGAAAAUGAGAAGGCGCCAGCUCCUGUUUCUGACGAGCGCAAGCAAGCGAAUCGGCUUAAAGCCACGAAAGUCAAGAAAGAUGAGCGGGACUUGAAGAAGGUACAUACUACAUCUUGUUCAUCAUAUGCUUAAUAUCUUACCUAGUUCUAGUCACAACACCAACAUAUUUUCUGGAGUUGGAAGCAGAACUAAGGAAGAACUAGUACAUCAUGUUGAUGUAGUUGAUGUAGUAAUAGUAUUAGUUAGGCAAUACUCACAUCAAAUAAACCAUGCUAUGUAUCUAUAAGUUGUUUCCUCCAAUUCGGAGUCCUUCUUAACAUCUUCAGGUUUCCGAAAUCGAUUAUGGGAAGCAUGAGAAGCUUGCAUCCGAGCUUGAGCGUGAAGAGGCCAUCGCCUACUGGGAAAAGGCUGCUUCGCAGAAAGAUGUGCCUCGUCCUCCUGGAUGCGCGCAUGACCAUCAUUAAGGCUCGCGCAUGACCAUAAUUAAGCCAUUUUGGCUCAAGCUCUUCCAUUUUCCUCACCCUUCUGAUUGUCGUGGUUCUUUCAUCACUCAACGUUGCUUAGGUUGCCUUAGAGCAGAUCUAUCGUUACCUCAAGUUGGGCAUGCUAUAUUACCUCAUCUUCUUCUUCACAUAGUACUUACUUGAAUACUCAGAAUAUCAAUAUGCAAGUAACAAAAACAAUAACCGAGUAUCUGAGAUCAUUUCCCAGCAUACUUACGCGGUUAUUAUUUCAGCAUUUCGAGUAGCUCAGUUUCAUUUUUGGAUCUGACACAGCAGAAGAUAAUCCAUCUUCUGAGCGCUAAUAUACGAAGGAAAUAGCCAUUUACGAAAAACCCACUGAAGAGAAAAUCUUAGCAGCUGAUCGCUUUCGCGAGGAAGGAAAUAAGGCUUUUCGGGAAGAAAACUUCGGUCUCGCAGCAGUCCAGUAUCGGAAGGCAUUACUCUAUUGUAUGGCACCGCUCUAUUGGCAGCAUAAAACAAAUAUUACAACUUCUACGUGAAGAAUCAAUAUGAAGGUAAUUAUGGUAGGUACAAGGAAGUAGAGAAUAACCUUAUAACGAGAGGAGGACACUAUUUAUAAGUAUAAGCUAUCACUAGUUAGUAGAUAAGUUCUUGCCUGACUUUUCUUUUUUCGGUUCUUGUUUUUUCUAGUUAGAUAUGCUCCACCAACAGUAUAAGCUAUCACUAGACCUAGAGUACAACAGAAGAAGAUAGAUUAACACUGCCGCAUGACGAUUCUUCGAAUAUUAGCAUUACAGUAUCAACAAGUAUAACAGCAGCACACUUUUAGUUCCUUGUUCUCUCAUCCUCUUUCGUUCAUGUCGUUUGACUACACGUUUCCCGAGACGGAUGAGCUGCGUAGCGAGUGCGACAAAGUUAAGCUCCGCGUGCACUUAAACAUGGCUGCAUGCAAAACGAAGCUUGAGGAUUGGAGAGAAGUCUUAAUACAGUGUCGCUUGGCUCUCGACGUCGACGCAAACAAUGUCAAAGCCUAUUAUCUUAAGGCUACACUGGUGUCGCUGUAAGGAUGAUUCGACGAAGUGUAAAUGUUAAAUGUUUCAGUGCUGGUGUCUACUAGAUAAUUAGAUGUAGAAUCUCAGGUACUAGAUUGUCGCAAAGAUUGAGAUUCUGCAUCUAACAUGUCCCCCAACAGAGUUGUUGUACGGGGACUCACUUACAUUUUUCCUCUUCCUGAGGAGAACGCCUCGACGAGCUGCAGCAGUCCUAAGUUUGAUGUCUAAGGAUCGCCGUGGCGUGGCACUCACCGCGCAAGACCAGUUCGAGGCAGCGCAGGACGCCUUAAACCAUGCUCACAAGCUAGAACCUCAAGACACGCUUGUGCGGCAAGCUUUAGCGGCUCUACGGAAAAAGAAGUCAGCUUACGUUGCUAAAACCAAAAGCGUUGCGAAGGCUGCAUUGUCCUCCUCGGGAUCCAUCUUGGAGGGUGAGGGUGACGAACGAGAAGACUCCAAAGAAGAUCAAGAUCUUCAACGUGUCUUCAAAAUCCAAGCACAAGAAAUUGUAGGAGACCAAACAGGUGCGAUUACAGCCGAUGCAAGGAGCGAGCAAGUAGGGAAUUCUUCUUCUGCUUCGUUGGGAGAGCAUAAGAGCAGUGCUUCGCAAGCAACGCAGACUAAAUUUUCUCCUUCAUCAAAAGUGACGGAUGAUGCAGAACCACCAAGUGGCCGAACAAUAGAUGCCCCUGCCCGUUUAGUCGCUCCGCAGCACAUCAAUGCCGGAGAGCAGAACGCGGCAAGCGAAAGCGCAAGUGGCGGAGGUCCGUUUCUAUACUAUCGUGAUGGUCCACCUGCCUCUCCUGAGGACGCUCUUGAAAAUCCACCUCCAGAAAGAAUAUGCAGUAAAGGUUUAAUAUCAAGAUCUGUAUCUUCUUCUUCACGAUCCUCACAACAUUAUAUUAUGGGAGGUCGUGCUGUAGGGAAUUCAUCAUCUCCAAAUGACUCAUCUGAGAUAGAGAAAAAGACAAGAGGAAAAAGGGACCCAGAUGAUCCCUGAGAUGAAUUCCCGAUACAGCCUCUAAAUUAUAUGCUACUCUUCAAUCUGAAAAACCCGAUGAUGUCUUCAACAACAUAUUAAACAAGAAGGGGAGUAGUACUUCCCCAAAUGAGCUGGCCUCCCAAGCAGAAGAAGUUUCUUCAUCAAGUACAAAAGAGAAUCUUCAUCUCCGCAUACGCAAAAACGCAACAAAUAAGAUGAAGGACAUUCAGGAUGUUGAGCGACUGGUGGAUGCAGAUGACCUUGAAAUGCACACGCAGGUCAGUGGGCAUGCUGAGCCUAUGUCCUCUGUGUCGUCUGAGAACAUGAAAAAUAGGCCAUUACUCAUCAAACAGUUAGUAGAUGAUCUCCAUUCAGAAAAGAAUUCGGAUGACUUAGAAACCGAACUCUCGUCGGAUCCAGAGGAAAUACCUCGUUUGCAGCAAGUAAAGCUCUUCCUUGGCCUUACCGGAAUCUUCUUCUUUCUCCUGGCUAUUUCCAUGUUUGCACUUGAAUGCUCAAAAAAUAUUGAACGCCUCUGAGGAGGAUUAUGUUGUUGUACGCGAGAAUCUGGGUUACUAGGGAAGUUGCUGCCACUGGUCGUUGAACAAAAAUCCACCAGACCACAGUUAGAAUCCGAUCGAUCUUCGUUGAAGAAAGCAGAUGUUACUAAAGAGAAUCAAUUUUCCUCCGACGAGGACUGUGUUGUCUUCUGACAGAAAUCUACCUCGGUACAAGUAGUGCAAGCAUCAUGAAAUGGGG